AUGCCGUAUGUUUCACUAGAUUACUUUUACCUGAAUUCAGGGCAGGAAAAGAGUGACGCUGAUGGCAUUUUGCCUUGCUUGGUUGUGAAGUGUCACAAAACUGGGCGCUAUUGGGCAAACGUAGUUCCAUCAAAGGGUGCAGAAUUGUUCGCAGUUGAAUGGUUGAAGUCUUGCCUCAAUGAAACAGGUUUCAAAGAACUAUGCCUGAAGAGCGACAACGAGCCGGCGAUCAUGGCUUUGAAAAAUAAAGUGAAGGAGGAAAGCAGGUUAAAGAUUCAUCUUGCUGAGGCGCCGGUGGAGGAUCACCAGGCGAACGGCUUCAUUGAGGUCGCAGUAAGAGAAGUGAAGAGACAGGUCAGGGCGAUGCUGUCUGACCUUCAGGAAAGGCUUGGGUUCGAGGUGGAACCGAGUCACCCAUGUAUGAUGUGGCUGCCACGCCAUGCAGCCUACCUCCUCACCAGGUUCCGGAUUGGACCGGAUGGAAAGACACCGUAUGAACGGACCUCCGGAAGAAGCUGGAGGAUACCGUUGGUAAGUUUUGGGGAGCAUAUCUUGUUCAGGCCAAGACCCCCAAGAGACGGACGACGUCAUGAUCUCGCACCAAGAGUGUCCAUGGGAAUGUUCGUGGGCACAGGACUGCGCAAUAACGACAUCUUCGUCAUGACGGCAAGAGGAAUUGUCAAAGGAAAUACAAUCACUCGAAGACCUCCUGAGGACCAGUUCAAGUACGAGAAUUGGAGUGAACUCCGGGGUGUUCCUUGGAGACUCCAAUCGCGUGAGGCUGGCAAGGUUCGAGUUGACUUGCCAGUGGUUGUCGGGCCGUUGAGCCGACCACCAGCUGAAGAAGUGAUUCCACGGAAUCUUUAUGUGACGAAGAGCGACAUCGAGAAGUACGGUCGGACCCCGUUGUGUCCGGGAUGUGAGGCGCAGUUGCUUGAGACAGGGCGCAGGGCCCACAAUGCCGAGUGCAGGUUCAGAAUCGAAGGCGAGCUCAUGAAGUCCGAAGAAGGAAAGAAAAGGAUUGAAGCAGCAAAGGUAAGAAUAGAAUCAGGGCGUCGCCCCAAAGCUCCUAGAGUCGGAGGAGGGGCAGACGAAUCAGAGGUUGUGGAAGCUGCCAACGUUCCUGCGUUGGUAGGCAUUCCAGAGCCUGAUGCCGAAAUGGCCUCGGGAGAAGCUGUUGGAGAGCCAUUGGAACGAGUCGCACCCCGCGAGCUUGAGGAACGAGAAGAAGAGCCAAGAAGCCCAAAGAAGCAUAAGCCCGGCAUCAGUCGGACAAAGAGAAGCCCAGAAGCAGAUGUUGAGGAGUUGCAUCAGCAGAUGCAAGAAGUAGUUCCGGCAGAAGGAGCAGCUGAGUCGGGACCAAUUCCGGCCGCCGGGAGCAAUGACCCCCGGCCACACGCGCCGCCAGUCGCACCUCCAGAUGCUUCACCAGGAGGAGACGACAUGGCAGACAUUGGACAUCUGUCCAUGUGUCUAUGUUCAGUUUUGAGGGAAGCCCGGAAGAAAGGCAAUGUGCAGAAGACUGUUUCAGAAAUCUUCUCACCCCCAAGAGUUUCAGCGCAAGCUCAAUUGGUCGGUUUGCGACCUGGAUUCGCAAUCGAUCUUGAAACAAAGAGAGAGGAUGGAGAUCAUUGGGAUCUCAGCAAGGAUUCACACAUUGAAGACCUUUUUACGCUUUUGGACAAGGAGAAACCCAAACUUUUAGGUGGUUCACCGCCAUGUGGACCAUUCUCGCAACUUCAGAACCUUGUUGACGCCAGGAACCAAGUCCCCGCGUCAGUUAGGUCAAAGAGACUUCAAGAAGGUAAGAAGCACCUGAGAACCUCAGUGCGUGCUUACCGCGCACAGAUGGAUGCAGGUCGUUACUUUCUUCACGAGCACCCAAAGGGCGCACGAAGUUGGGAAGAGCCAGAAGUUGAAGAACUACGCAAAGAUCCCCGCGUAUACGAAGUCACAGGACCUAUGUGUCGUUGGAAGAUGGAGUCCUCCGAUGCAUGGGGCAAAGGCCUAGUCAAGAAGGAAACCAGGUGGUUGACCAAUUCGCGACACAUCGCGGCAAUACUAUCUGGUGUUUGUUCGAAUGUUGAAGGAAAGACUUGGCAUAGACAUGUGAACCUCAUCAACGGCAGGGCGAGAUCAGCACAGGUAUAUCCCCCACUGUUGGUUCGAGGAAUACUGGAAGCUCUUAGAAAUCAACUGGCUGAAGACGGUGAAUUCAGUCAAGCUUUGAAUUCCCUCGGUGCUGGGCCAGUACCAGAUGCUGUUCCAGUCAUCGACGAGGAACAAGAAGUUUACGACAGUUUACCUCCCGCCGAUUUGCCAGUCGCAGGACCAGUCUAUGAUUCCAACACCGGAGCGGAGUUGGAUCUAGCUAAGGUAGCAGCUGCGAGACGCGAAGAACUGGAUUGGGUGCAGAAGCAAUGCAUUUACAAGAAGGUGCCUGCAGAACAGGCACGUGCUGCUGGGAAAGUUCCCAUCACAAUGAAAUGGGUCGAUCGCAACAAGGGCGACCUGGAAAGACCAAACUACAGGUCUCGGAUCGUCUGUCGCGAGAUCAAACGAUCCAAGAAUGCGGACUACAUCCCAGAGCAUGCAAGCUUUAGUGCAAUGCCGCCACUUGAGGCUCUGAAGAUGUUACUGUCACUCAUGGUAACUCUCCGAACCUCAAAGCGCAAUCGAAAACCUCUUAAGCUACGCCUACUGGAUAUCUCCAGGGCGCAUUUCUACGGACAUGCGCAACGAGAGAUCUUUGUGACUCUUCCAGAAGGUGAUCAAGAAGAAGGUAUGGUGGGACUGCUGCUGAAAAGCAUGUAUGGGACGCGCGAUGCCGCCCAUAUCUGGCAGCAAUCCUAUACAGAUGUGCUGCUUGCAGCAGGGUUUAAAAGAUCCGCUGCAUGGCCAGCAAUCUUCUUUCACGAACGCUUGGAAGCAAGGCUGCUAGAGUUUGUGGAGAAAGCGCUAAGAGAAAAGUACGAUCUUCGUGUCGAUGGAAGCAUUGGCGUAGGAGAGGCAAAGCAGGAGUUUUGUGUCUUGAACCGUCUCGUACGCUUCGACGAGCGGUCAGGAUCGAUCUUCUACGAGCCAGAUCCACGUCACGCCGAGAUCUUGCUCAAGGAUUUAGGCAUGGAGACGUGCAAGCCAGUCAAGAGCCCAAACGAAAAGCUAACUGCAGAAGUGCUAGCCAAAAGGUUAGAACUAGAUGUUGAUCCACACAGGAUCAGUCAAUAUCGUUCGCUCACUAUGCGAGCAGCGUUCUUAGCCCAAGACCGUCCUGAUUUGUCAGAGACAGUCAAGUGCCUCGCACGAAAGAUGCAAGGACCCACCGAAGCUGAUUUCGGUGACCUGAAGCGUCUAGCUAGGUAUUUGAAGGGCAAUAUGCGAAUGGUGCAGAAGUUCACUCCGCAGAAGUUCAGCAAUGUUGUGUCAGUUCAUGCCGACUCGGACUUCGCAGGCUGUCUUCUCACUCGGAAGAGUACUACGGGUUUGGUCUGUUACUAUGGGCGACACACUUUGCGCCACUCGAGUAACCUACAGUCCACAGUCAGUCUUUCAUCAGGAGAAAGCGAAUAUUAUGCCUUGGUCAAGGCAGUGGCUUCCGGAAUGGCAACCCAGGAGCUACUUAGAAGCUGGGGCAUUAACGUGAAUCUCCAGGUGUACACUGACUCAGCUGCAGCACUUGGAACGUGCAAUCGGCUUGGACUUGGGAAAUCGAGACACAUACAGACCAGAUACCUCUGGAUUCAGGAGAAGUUGGCCGAGCGAUCGUUCGAGCUGAUCAAGAUCGACACCAAGCUGAAUACCGCCGACAUCUGUACCAAAGCAUUGGCAAGCGAAGCUGCAGAACGCCAUCUGAAGGCAAUGGGUUUCGAAGUAGUUCAAGGAAUGUCUGCACGAAGCUUCAGCCAUGGCAUCUUUUGGUGUGCCUCCAGAAUGUCUGCACGAAGCUUCAGCCAUGGCAUCUUUUGGUGUGCCUCCAGAAUGUCUGCACGAAGCUUCAGCCAUGGCAUCUUUUGGUGUGCCUCCAGAAUGUCUGCACGAAGCUUCAGCCAUGGCAUCUUUUGGUGUGCCUCCAGAGCCUGCACGGAUUGUCAGUUACUUUCCAGGAAUGUCUGCACGAAGCUUCAGCCCAAUCGGGGCAAACGUGUGCUAUCGCGAAUGCAUCAUGCAAAGAACACCGCUCGCAGCAAUGCUUUGAGAGCGCACAAAGGAUCCGCCUGGUCCUUGGAGUCCCAGGCCAGCCAACGCGGUGCUGCCAUGAUGAGGUCUCCCAAUGACUUGAUAGUUCACACCAGUGACCUUUUGGCAAAUGGAGUGACAAAGUCACAACUGGAGAGCAUGCUACAGGCAGCAGCUCCGGCCCCAGCUCGGCCAGUCCAGAGUGGUCGCGCUACGGCGCCAGUGCCGGUUCAGGCACCACACCGUGCCUCUUUCCAAGCGGCAGCAGAGGCUGGGCAUCCCAACAAUCGCAAGAGGUCCCUUGAAGCACUUGAUGAAGACGUGUUGUCCAAGACGACUCACCCUGCUCUUCAGUCUCGCCUCCGAACAGUUCAUGCCCUUUGUGCCAUUUGGGAAGUGCCUACAUUUCCUUUGACACCCUACACCAUACGCUGUUUGGGCGCUAGUUUCAAGAAGGGUGGCUAUCGGAGUUGCCAACUAUAUUUUCAAGCAGCAGUCCAACACCAGGUUCGGCACUUGUGUCAGGCAGUCGACCCGUUAGUGCAUCAAGUCAUCCGAGAUGUCACUCGAUCAAUUCGUCGUGGCCUUGGACCUAGCAAAUUAAAAGAUUCUUUUGACCCCCUGGUCCUUCACAACAUCAGUUGCAGAUUCAGUGAUGAACCAUUCGAUUUUGAGAGCCCGUCCCACUUUCGUGACGUGAUGGUUCUGUCAAUUUGGUUUAUGCUCCGCGAGUUGGAACUUGCGGCGUCAAUGAUGCACCAUUUGACUAUCAACGAGGGUAUGGUCUCCAUUCUCAUUCCACUUCACAAAACAGAUACAGAUGGCAGUUCUUGCUAUCGCUCCCUGCAGUGUGCGUGCCAGAUACAGAGUCAACCUCUUUGUCCCUUGCAUGCCGCUGAACGGCACCUGGUACGUCUCCUGCGACUUCAGGAGCACCUGGGAAAACAGACCAUUCCUUUGUGUCCAACCCCUGCAGGAACGGUUCCAACCAAGAACAUGGUUAUCCAACAGGCUCGCCAGACAUUGGUUGCUGCGGGAGUUGAGGUUGAACGUCAAGACGCCUUUGGAGUGUCCCAACAACGCUUUGGUGGUCACUGUAUGCGAGUGUCAGGCGCACAGUUUUUGGCUCGGGCAGGUGUGCCCAUUCCUUCGAUUCAACUUUUAGGCAGGUGGACCUCUACCGCGAUUGAGCGGUAUACCCAGCAAGCUGGAUUGGUGACUACACAGGGGAUUCCCACCACGGUGUUGAGUGGCGUGUCGACAUGUUCGAUGCCAGCAACCCAAAUGUUGCAAAUUGGCGCGGCUCCUGCGACACCAGCAGUUCAACGAGUUGCUUCACAACGCGAUUCUCGAGACCUCAAAGAACUGCGUGAGGCACAUGAAACUUUGUCCAAUUUGGUAGUUCAUCGCAGCCAAGUCGAUGAGGUUUCCAAUAACCCGUCCGAGUGGAGGACGCGGUGUGGUUGGCAGUAUGGUUCUGCACGUUUCUUCCGUGUAGCUGAUGUAAGUGGCGACCUUCGUAGAUGUCGCAAGUGUUUUUCUCAGUUUGAUGAUGAGGUCAGUGGCAGUGCUUCAGGGGGUGAGCACCUUGACGAAGGUAGUGGCGCUUCGUCCUCUGCCUCAGUGUCUGAUGUUGAAGACUGA